AUGUCAGAGCAGAUGACUCCGUGUGGCAUCCAUGGUGGCUGGGUGAUGCAGAUUGCUACCACCCUGCAGUUCCUGGACGGGAUCUUCUCUGCCUCCCAUGACAAGACCAUCAUGUGGCAAGCCCUGUGUGAUUGCUCACACUUUGUCAGCAAUGUGGUCAUCUCCUCUGACAGGCAGCUUGCUUUCUCAGACUUCUAGGACAGCACCUUGCACCUCUGAAACCUCAUCACAGGCACCACCACCCUGUUUUGUGGCCAGACUAAGGACAUGCUGAGCAUGGCCUUCUUGUCUGAUGCCUGCCAGAUCAUCUCAGGCUUUAGGGACAAGACCAUCAAGCUCUGGAAGACCUUGCACAUCUGCAAGUACAUGGUGCAGGACAAGAGCCAUGCAGACUGAGUGUCGUGUGUGCACUUCUCCCCAAACAACAGCCACCCCAUCAUCUUCUGUGGCUGGGACAAGCUGGUGAAGGUUUAGUUCUUGGGUAACUGCAAAUUGAAGACUAGCCACAUCAGGCAUGUGGGCUACCUCAACACAGUGACCAUCUCACCCAGUGGUGCCUCUGGCAGCAAGGACAGCCAGGCCAUGUUUUGGGACCUGAAUGAAGAGGAGCACCUGUACACCCUUGACAGAGGGGACAUCAUCAACACCUUGUGCUUCAGCCCCGACCACUACUGGCUUUGUGUUAAAGCGAGAGUCAGAAGUCCAUUUCAGACUCGAGCACACAGCACGCACAGAGAAAAGAAACCUCCACCUCCAAGAAUUUUGGAGAGGGAACAAAUUCGCGUUUUGCGCAAUAAAAGGAAAAGAGGGAUAAAAGACACCCGAAACAGCAAAGACGACAAAGUAGGUAACUUAUUUGAACAGCUGCCACCAUUAUGGACUUCAGGCGGUGAGCGGCACAUCUCAUGGCAGGAGACAGCCAGCGCUCGCGUCCGACACCUUGGACAGCAGAAGGAAGAGGCAGCAGCUCGCCGCGGCCUGGCUGUAGCGGCCCCGCGGCGAGGCGAAGGGCCCGGCGGCGCGGGCAGGCGGCUUCCGUCGCGGCCACGUGGGGGAGCUCCGCAGCCGCCGCUUCCCCCGGACCUCCGCGAGGGGGCCGGUCCCGCCGCGCCGCACCGGGGGCUUCCGCGAGGCCUCGCCGGCCCCGCCGCGCCGCUCACGGCGGCCCCCGGCGGGAGCAACCUCUGCUCGACGGCCGCUCCUGUCCGUCCCGACAACAAAGUUCGCGGGGCGUCGGCGCGACGACAGUGGCCCCGAGGCGGGCGCGACCCGCCCGGCGGCGAGUGA